AUGAGCAACGCGAAUACGGUGCCGCCGAGUCAGCCCAUGCGCAGCAAGGGCAGCGCCGACAAGAAGACCGGCAGAAGCUUGCCAACUGCUCGGAAAAUCAGUUCCAACGACCGUAAGAAGGAGCCAAGGAGCAAGGCGAGCGGCGUCAAGGAUCCGGACAGCAACUUUGAGCGCGAGAUGUACAAAAAAAUGCGCGAGAUGCUGGCCCGGUCGAUGAACUAUUUCCACGGGAUCAUGCCGCGAGCCGAGUGCGAAAGUCUACUGACCAGCGAGGGCGAGUACCUCCUCCGCUACACGACCCGCGACGACAACAAGAAGGGCGACGGCGGGAAUCGUGACCAGAUCGUCAUCUCCGUCAUGCACAGCGAUGUUGUGCGCCAUAUCCCGAUUCUUCGAAGGGGCGGAAAUUGGUGCGUGAAUGAAGUGGAAAAGAAGACGAUCGGCGAGCUGAUCGAGUACCUCGAAGACAACAAGCACCCGCUGCCCUCUGGAGCCAUCGUCAGCAAGAAGAUCAAACGCCCUGCCUACUACAUCAUGCACGGCAACGUGACAAAAACGCAGAAAAUUGGCGAAGGCAACUUCGGUGAGGUCUACAAGGGCACGCUGCGCGAUGAGGGGAACACCGAGACGCCGUGCGCCAUCAAACUGUGCAAGGGCGACGUGACGAAGAAGGAGAUCACCGAGUUUAUGAAGGAAGCGCGCGUCACUCGCAUUCUCAACCACAAGAACAUCGUCCGCUUCUACGGGGUGGCUGCUCAGGAGAGCCCGGUGAUGCUGGUGAUCGAGCUGGCUGAAAAGGGCGGGCUCCAGUCGUACUGCGAGAAGCACCCUGAUGUCGCCGCUGAACAGCUCAUCUCCUGGGGCACCGAUGGGGCCAGGGGAAUGGCCUAUCUGCACAAGAUGAGCGUUCUCCAUCGAGAUCUGGCCGCCAGGAACUGCCUCCUUGGCAAGGACCUUGAGCUGAAGAUUGCCGAUUUCGGCAAAUCGGAAGUCGGCCAGACCGAGAUCAAGUGCGUCACCCUCAAGAAGAUGCCGAUCAAGUGGUGCGCGCCGGAGACGCUCUGCGAGGGAAAAUUCACGACGAAGACGGACGUCUGGAGCUAUGGUGUGAUGCUGUGGGAGAUUUUCCAUCGUUGCACCAUCGAGCCCUUCACCGGAAUUACAAACAAGCAGGCCAAGGACAAGAUCGCGAAUGGGGAUAUGGCGAUGUUGACGCCUCCACAGAACAUCCCGGAAGUCGGCCUCGCGGUCUUGAAGGCCUGCUGGACGAUGAACGUCGCCGAGCGACCGGAGUUCGUCGGAUUGAUGAAGAUGCUCGCCCCGAACGAGGAAUUGGAA